AUGCCCCAGGGUGUCACCAAUGCUCCCUCAACUUUCCAGCGGUUGAUGGAGAAAAGCAUGGGUAGCCUGCAUCUUAAAGAAGUUCUAGUUUUCCUUGAUGAUUUGAUCGUGUUUUCCGAUACGCUUGAGGAGCAUGAGCGCCGGUUACUUCACGUGCUGGACAAGCUGAAAGAAUAUGGGUUGAAGUUAUCCCCGGAGAAGUGCAGAUUCUUCCAGACCUCUGUCCGAUACCUCGGCCAUAUAGUAUCUGAGAAAGGCGUUGAGACGGACCCCGACAAGGUUUUCUCCUUGAAAUCCUGGCCAGUUCCCUACAAUCUGAAGAGCUUGCGAUCUUUCCUCGGCUUUGCUGGCUACUACCGCCGGUUCAUCCAAGGAUAUGCUACCAUUGCAAAACCACUCAACGACUUAACUCGAGGAUACUUACCUGUACAAACACCCACAAAGACUAAACCUUCCAAAGAUCUGCAUGAUCCGAAACAGUCCUUUGUACCUCGUCGAACUCGUCAGCAGCGACUGAACGAACUUCAAGCUGAAGAUGCUGAUAAGGAAGAGGACUUGUUGGAUGAUCUGCCGAUCCACAUUCUUCCAGUACCUCUACAGUUCUCAGUUGAGGGAUUCCAAUAUCCAACAGCCCUUCAACGUGAUGCCGAAACCAUAGAGUCGACCCUUCCUGCCGAUGAGGCUCAUGCUGAAGAGACAGAGGUGCAGCCACAGGUGAGACCUCCUCUUCCUGUGGGAGGUGCAGCCACAGGUGAGACCUCCUCUUCCUGUGGGAGGUGCAGCCACAGUGUGUCUUCUUCUGUGGUGUCCUCAGAGCGCAGACUGGAGGCAGGAGAGCGCCCCCUGCUGCUGCAGCUGAACUGGAACAAGAACCAAACAGAAGGACGAUUUGUACUGCGGAUGCACAACCACACACAGGAAAACUGUGGAGACAAAGUGAGCCUGAGGCAGAGCUUCAGGAGGUCAACGGAAUACUGCCGCAGCUCUGUGGACACCAAGGACAGAGGUAAAGAGGAGGUGGGGGAGGAGGACAGAGGUAAAGAGGAGGAGGGGGAGGACAGAGGUAAAGAGGAGGAGGAGGACAGAGGUAAAGAGGAGGAGGAGGAGGACAGAGGUAAAGAGGAGGAGGAGGACAGAGGUAAAGAGGAGGAGGAGGACAGAGGUAAAGAGGAGGAGGGGGACAGAGGUAAAGAGGAGGAGGAGGACAGAGGUAAAGAGGAGGGGGAGGACAGAGGUAAAGAGGAGGAGAAGGAUAGAGGUAAAGAGGAGGGGGAGGAGGACAGAGGUAAAGAGGAGGAGGACAAAGGUGAAGAGGAGGAGGAGGACAGAGGUAAAGAGGAGGAGGAGGACAGAGGUAAAGAGGAGGAGAAGGAUAGAGGUAAAGAGGAGGGGGAGGAGAACAGAGAGGUAAAGAGGAGGAGGAGAGGUAAAGAGGAGAGGAAGGAGGAGGACAGAGGUAAAGAGGAGGACAGAGGUAAAGAGGUGGAGGACAGAGGUAAAGAGGAGGACAGAGGUAAAGAGGAGGAGGACAGAGAGGAGGACAGAGGUAAAGAGGAGGAGGACAGAGGUAAAGAGAAGGAGGGGGAGGAGGACAGAGGUAAAGAGGAGGAGGAGGACAAAGGUAAAGAGAAGGACAGAGGUAAAGAGGAGGAGGACAGAGGUAAAGAGGAGGACAGAGGUAAAGAGGAGGAGAAGGAGGACAGAGGUAAAGAGGAGGAGGAGGAUAGAGGUAAAGAGGAGGAGGACAGAGGUAAAGAGGAGGAGGAGGACAAAGGUAAAGAGGAGGACAGAGGUAAAGAGGAGGAGGACAGAGGUAAAGAGGAGGAGGGGGAGGAGGAGGUAAAGAGGAGGACAGAGGUAAAGAGGAGGAGGAGGACAGAGGUUAAGAGGAGGGGGAGGAGGACAGAGGUAAAGAGGAGGAGGACAGAGGUAAAGAGGAGGAGGACAGAGGUAAAGAGGAGGAGGAGGAUAGAGGAGGAGGAGGAUAGAGGUAAAGAGGAGGGGGAGGAGGAUAGAGGUAAAGAGGAGGAGGAGGAGGACAAAGGUAAAGAGGAGGACAGAGGUAAAGAGGAGGAGGACAGAGGUAAAGAGGAGGAGGACAGAGGUAAAGAGGAGGAGGAGGACAGAGGUAAAGAGGAGGAGGAGGAUAGAGAUAAAGAGGAGGGGGAGGAGGAUAGAGGUAAAGAGGAGGAGGGGGAGGAGGACAGAGGUAAAGAGGAGGGGGAGGAGGACAGAGGUAAAGAGGAGGGGGAGGAGGACAGAGGUAAAGAGGAGGAGGAGAAUAGAGGUAAAGAGCAGGGCGAGGAGGACAGAGGUAAAGAGGAGGAGGACAGAGGUAAAGAGGAGGGGGAGGAGGAUAGAGGUAAAGAGGAAGAGGAGGACAGAGGUAAAGAGGAGGAGGACAGAGGUAAAGAGGAGGAGGACAGAGGUAAGAGGAGGAGGAGGAGGAUAGAGGUAAAGAGGAGGGGGAGGAGGAUAGAGGUAAAGAGGAGGAGGCGGAGGAGGACAGAGGUAAAGAGGAAGAUGAGGACAGAGGUAAAGAGGAGGAGGAGAAUAGAGGUAAAGAGCAGGGCGAGGAGGACAGAGGUAAAGAGGAGGAGGAGGAGGACAGAGGUAAAGAGGAGGAGGAGGAUAGAGGUAAAGAGGAGGGGGAGGAGGAUAGAGGUAAAGAGGAGGAGGAGGACAAAGGUAAAGAGGAGGACAGAGGUAAAGAGGAGGAGGACAGAGGUAAAGAGGAGGAGGAGGAUAGAGGUAAAGAGGAGGGGGAGGAGGAUAGAGGUAAAGAGGAGGAGGGGGAGGAGGACAGAGGUAAAGAGGAGGAGGAGGACAGAGGUAAAGAGGAGGAGGAGAAUAGAGGUAAAGAGCAGGGCGAGGAGGACAGAGGUAAAGAGGAGGAGGAGGACAGAGGUAAAGAGGAGGAGAGUAGAGGUAAAGAGCAGGGCGAGGAGGACAGAGGGUAAAGAGGAGGAGGAGGAGGACAGAGGUAAAGAGGAGGAGGAGGAUAGAGGUAAAGAGGAGGGGGAGGAGGAUAGAGGUAAAGAGGAGGAGGAGGACAAAGGUAAAGAGGAGGACAGAGGUAAAGAGGAGGAGGACAGAGGUAAAGAGGAGGAGGAGGACAGAGGUAAAGAGGAGGAGGAGGAUAGAGAUAAAGAGGAGGGGGAGGAGGAUAGAGGUAAAGAGGAGGAGGGGGAGGAGGACAGAGGUAAAGAGGAGGAGGAGAAUAGAGGUAAAGAGCAGGGCGAGGAGGACAGAGGUAAAGAGGAGGAGGACAGAGGUAAAGAGGAGGAGGAGGAUAGAGGUAAAGAGGAGGAGGACAAAGGUAAAGACGAGGACAGAGGUAAAGAGGAGGAGGACAGAGGUAAAGAGGAGGAGGAGGAGGAGGACAGAGGUAAAGAGGAGGAGAAGGAGGACGAGGUAAAGAGGAGGAGGACAGAGGUGGAGGAGGAUAGAGGUAAAGAGGAGGAGGAGGAGGACAGAGGUAAAGAGGUGGAGGAGGAUAGAGGUAAAGAGGAGGAGGAGGAGGACAAAGGUAAAGAGGAGGACAGAGGGAAAGAGGAGGAUGAGGAGGAGGACAGAGGUAAAGAGGAGGGGGAGGAGGACAGAGGUAAAGAGGAGGAGGGGGAGGAGGACAGAGGUAAAGAGGAGGAGGACAAAGGUAAAGAGGAGGCCAGAGGUAAAGAGGAGGAGGACAGAGGUAAAGAGGAGGCCAGAGGUAAAGAGGAGGAAAAGUACAGAGGUAAAGAGGAGGCCAGAGGUAAAGAGGAGGAAGGAGGACAGGAAGGUAAAGAGGACGAGGACAGAGGUAAAGAGGAGGAGGACAGAGGUAAAGAGGAGGAGAAGGAGGACAGGGGUAAAGAGGAGGACAGAGGUAAAGAGGAGGAGGAGGAUAGAGGUAAAGAGGAGGAGAAGGAGGAGGACAGAGGUAAAGAGGAGGAGGACAGAGGUAAAGAGGAGGAAAAGUACAGAGGUAAAGAGGAGGAGAACAGAGGUAAAGAGGAGGAGAACAGAGGUAAAGAGGAGGAGGACAGAGGUAAAGAGGAGGAGGAUAGAGAUGAGGAUGCUCUUGUUGCCGCGGUGAUAGACCCAGAGAUCAGCGGUGGGCCCCUCUUCCCUUUGUCUCCGGCUUUCGUCCUGUACGCAGCUGUGCGCUCCGUGCUAUGCCCCCGCGCCUCCUCCACCCGAUCCGAGGAGGUGCAGAUGGAGCUGGCUCAAGUCGAGGAGGUGCUAGCCAAGGAGACGCAGAUGAAGGUGGCGCGGAUUCGAACCCUCGUCGCCAAGAUGGAGGAACGUAUGAGGAGCGUGAUCCAGACACGCCCCUCCUCUCCUGCUGCUCUUUGCUUCUGGACGUCAAACUGCUGUGAGCUGCUGCACUUCCUCAAACAAGACUCUGAGCUUCAGCCAAUCACAGAGCAGAACCAGAGAGGACUGUCCCGCCUCCUGCAGCAGGCCUACAGGUCAACGGAAUACUGCCGCAGCUCUGUGGACACCAAGGACAGAGGUAAAGAGGAGGUGGGGGAGGAGGACAGAGGUAAAGAGGAGGAGGGGGAGGACAGAGGUAAAGAGGAGGAGGAGGACAGAGGUAAAGAGGAGGAGGAGGAGGACAGAGGUAAAGAGGAGGAGGAGGACAGAGGUAAAGAGGAGGAGGAGGACAGAGGUAAAGAGGAGGAGGGGGAGGAGGACAGAGGUAAAGAGGAGGAGGAGGACAGAGGUAAAGAGGAGGAGGAGGAUAGAGGUAAAGAGGAGGGGGAGGAGGACAGAGGUAAAGAGGAGGAGGACAAAGGUGAAGAGGAGGAGGAGGACGACAGAGGUAAAGAGGAGGAGGAGGACAGAGGUAAAGAGGAGGAGAAGGAUAGAGGUAAAGAGGAGGGGGAGGAGAACAGAGGUAAAGAGGAGGAGGACAGAGGUAAAGAGGAGGAGGACAGAGGUAAAGAGGAGGAGGACAAAGGUAAAGAGGAGGAGGACAGAGGUAAAGAGGAGGAGGAGGAGGACAGAGGUAAAGAGGUGGAGGAGGAUAGAGGUAAAGAGGAGGAGGAGGAGGACAGAGGUAAAGAGGUGGAGGAGGAUAGAGGUAAAGAGGAGGAGGAGGAGGACAAAGGUAAAGAGGAGGACAGAGGUAAAGAGGAGGAUGAGGAGGAGGACAGAGGUAAAGAGGAGGGGGAGGAGGACAGAGGUAAAGAGGAGGAGGGGGAGGAGGACAGAGGUAAAGAGGAGGAGGACAAAGGUAAAGAGGAGGCCAGAGGUAAAGAGGAGGAGGACAGAGGUAAAGAGGAGGCCAGAGGUAAAGAGGAGGAAAAGUACAGAGGUAAAGAGGAGGCCAGAGGUAAAGAGGAGGAGAAGGAGGACAGGAGUAAAGAGGAGGAGGACAAAGGUAAAGAGGAGGAGGACAGAGGUAAAGAGGAGGAGGACAGAGGUAAAGAGGAGGAGGAGGACAGAGUCGAGGAGGUGCUAGCCAAGGAGACGCAGAUGAAGGUGGCGCGGAUUCGAACCCUCGUCGCCAAGAUGGAGGAACGUAUGAGGAGCGUGAUCCAGACACGCCCCUCCUCUCCUGCUGCUCUUUGCUUCUGGACGUCAAACUGCUGUGAGCUGCUGCACUUCCUCAAACAAGACUCUGAGCUUCAGCCAAUCACAGAGCAGAACCAGAGAGGACUGUCCCGCCUCCUGCAGCAGGCCUACAGGCGGGCUGCUGAUGCCCCGAGCGCUGGUCGCAUCGUUUCUGGGCUGGUCUCGGAGAACGUGAUAAAGCACGGAGUGGUGCAAUGUUUUCCCUUCGUACUGGCGCAGACCGUCUCGCACAUUGUCAACGGUCUGCGUUUCGGGUCCACUGGAAGAUCUUGUGCUCCUGGUCACAUAAGGGACUGCGCUGACUCUGGUUCGUCUUACUCGGAGAACGUGGUAUCAACUUUCGUUCCGACUGUGGGGGGGUCUCCGUAG